AUGGGCAACUGUGUGAAGUCUCCACUGAGAAACCUCUCAAAAAAGAUCCGCCAUGAGGAGAAGACGUGCUAUAAGGCUGUCCAGACGAGUGAAGAGGGCCCGUCGGCUUGCGAGUACCAGGGUCCGCUCAUGGUGCUGGCCCAGAACUGCGCCGUCAUGCACAACCUGCUGGGGCCAGCAUGCAUCUUCCUGAGGAAGGGCUUCGCAGAAAACAGGCAGCCUGAUAGAGAACUGCGACCGGAAGAAAUUGAAGAAUUAAGAGAAGCCUUUAAGGAGUUUGAUAAAGACAAGGAUGGGUUUAUUAACUGCAGGGACCUGGGGAACUGCAUGAGAACCAUGGGCUACAUGCCUACUGAGAUGGAGCUAAUAGAGCUCUCCCAGCAGAUCAACAUGAACCUGGGUGGCCAUGUGGAUUUUGAAGAUUUUGUUGAGCUGAUGGGACCAAAGCUGCUGGCAGAAACCGCAGACAUGAUUGGUGUAAAAGAGCUCCGCGAUGCCUUCAGAGAGUUUGACACCAAUGGUGAUGGAGAGAUAAGCACCAGUGAACUGCGAGAAGCCAUGAAGAAGCUUCUAGGGCAGCAGGUGGGCCAUCGGGAUAUUGAAGAGAUCAUCCGGGAUGUGGAUCUGAAUGGAGAUGGGCGUGUUGAUUUUGAAGAGUUUGUUCGCAUGAUGUCCCGUUGA